AUGGUUCUUCAAGACUUGGGGCGGCGCAUCAACGCCGCCGUGAGUGAUCUCACGAGAUCAAACACAGUUGACGAGAAGGCAUUCGAUGACAUGUUGAAAGAGAUCUGUUCAGCUCUUCUGUCAGCCGACGUCAACGUCCGACUAGUUCAAAGUCUACGAAAAUCGAUCAAACACAACGUCAAUUUCUCCUCGCUCCCCUCCGCCGUCAACAAAAAGCGUCUGAUUCAAAAGGCUGUCUUCGAUGAGUUGGUCGCACUCGUCAACCCUCAUGCGGAACCAUUCAAGCCGAAAAAAGGACGAGUCAAUGUGAUCAUGUUUGUGGGCUUACAAGGUGCCGGAAAGACAACAACAUGUACAAAGUUAGCAAGACACUAUCAGAUGCGCGGAUUCAAGACAGCACUUGUUUGCGCCGAUACUUUCCGUGCAGGUGCUUUUGAUCAGUUGAAACAGAAUGCUAUCAAAGCGAAGAUUCCAUACUACGGUAGCCUCACACAGACGGAUCCCGUCGUUGUGGCAGCUGAGGGUGUCGCACAGUUCAAGAAGGAGCGAUUCGAUAUUAUCAUAGUCGAUACGAGUGGUCGUCACAAGCAAGAGGAGGACUUGUUCGAGGAAAUGACACAGAUUCAAAACGCGGUGCGACCUGAUCAGACUAUUCUAGUUCUCGAUAGCACAAUCGGUCAAGCAGCCGAGGCGCAGUCUUCAGCUUUCAAGGCAACGGCAGAUUUCGGUGCUAUUAUCAUCACCAAGACUGAUGGUCAUGCUGCUGGAGGUGGUGCCAUUUCUGCAGUUGCUGCUACGCAUACCCCUAUUAUUUUCCUGGGUACUGGAGAACACAUGAUGGACCUGGAACGAUUCGAGCCAAAGGCUUUUAUCCAGAAAUUGCUUGGCAUGGGAGACAUGGCUGGUUUGGUCGAGCACGUACAGGCUAUAACGAAGGAUUCUGCUGGCGCCAAGGAGACGUAUAAACACAUCUCAGCCGGUAUAUACACGUUACGAGACUUCCGCGAAAACAUCACAUCAAUAAUGAAAAUGGGCCCCUUGUCAAAGAUCUCAGGCAUGAUUCCUGGCUUGUCGAACAUUACUGCAGGCCUCGAUGAUGAAGACGGCACCAUGAAACUUCGGCGCAUGAUCUAUCUCUUCGAUAGCAUGACUACCGCCGAACUCGACAGCGAUGGCAAAAUAUUCGUCGAACAACCCAGCCGCAUCGUCCGUAUUGCCUGCGGUAGCGGGACCACAGUCCGCGAAGUCGAAGACCUCCUAUCACAACAUCGCAUGAUGGCCGGAAUGGCCAAACGAGUUGGUGGGCAACGCAAGCAAAUGCAGCGCGCCCAAAACAUGCUCAAGGGCGGGAACAAGGAACAACAAAUGGCCGCUAUGCAGAAACGAAUGCAGUCCAUGGGUGGCGCUGGUGGUGCCGGAGGUAUGCCAGGAAUGGGCGAUAUGGCUAAGAUGAUGCAGAUGUUGCAAGGCCAAGGAGGCGCUGGUGGGGCGGGCGGAAUGCCGAAUUUUGGAGGCAUGGAUUUGCAGAGUAUGAUGAGCCAGAUGAGUGGGCUUAUGGGUGGUGGUGGUAUGGGUGGAGGAGGUGGUAGAGGAAGAGGACGGUGA